AUGUCGUCAGAUAGAUGUCGAAGGCAAAUUAAGACACGAGGCAAUGAUGCACAACGAUUAAAUGCAUUGGAAGAAUUAAAACGUGCAAGACAAGGUGGUCAAGGAGUAAUCGCCGAACAACCACCAGUAACAAAUGAACCAGAAGAAGAAGAGGAAGAUGAUGAGCAAUAUGAAAGUGAUUCAGAGAAUUAUGAAGAUAUUAAACCAUCUACGAAACGAAAAUCUAGUAAUUCUCAUCACAAAGAUUCUAAACGAUUAAAGAAAAAACAACAUUAUUCUGAUAAUGAAGAUGAUGAUGAUGAUCAACAAACAAAAUCCUCGGAACCCAAACGCCGUGCUCAAACUUUUGCUAAACCUCAAGAAGAAUCAACAGGCAUGCAUGAUAUUAAAUCAAUGUUUGCUGCUAAUAAAACACGAGUUGUUCAACGACAAGAACAAAAUGAAAAAGAUGAGUCAGAUAAAUUACUCUCCGAUAUCAUGUUCGAAUUACAAAAACCAAAACUCAAACCAACUCAUCCUGCACCACAAUCACUACCACCACCACCACCACCACCUAUGCAACCUGCGAAAAAAAUUGAAGUUAAACCAGUUGAAGUACCUCGUCCUGAAGAAAGCAAACCUGUCUAUAAUCCUGAACCUUCAGUACAACAUGGAAAAGAACUUGAUUGGGGUGAUGAUGAUAGUAUGAGUUUUGAUGCUGUAUCAAAACUAAUGAACGAUGCAGCUCCACCACCAAAACCUUUAUCACCACCUCGAGUAUCUAAAUCUUUAAUUCAAUUUGAUACUCAAGAACUUGAAUUUGUAACCGAUGAACAAUUAUUAAAAUCUGCUCGAACAUUUCAUACAUCACCAUCAAAAGAAACUAAUCAGAAUGAAAUCACAAAUAAAGAUGAACAUUUAAGAUUUUUUUGGUUUGAUGCUUAUGAAGAUCCGACUGCUCAACCUGGUAAAUUAUUUCUAUUUGGUAAAACACCAUUAUUAAAUGAAGAUAAACCAACAAAUAAAACAUUCGUCAGUAUUUGUUUAAUUAUCGAUAAUAUACCAAAACAAGUCUUUUUUAUACCAAAACCUGGCAAUUCAUCAUCGGAUGUUGAAGAUGAAUUAUUUAUCAUUGCCAAACGAUUUAAAAUAACAAAUUAUACAUCAUCAAUUGUCAAAAGAAAACGUUUUGAUCCUGAAUUAGUUUCUACUGAUAUUCUCAAUGAAAUCGAUGUUGUUGAAAUGAAAUAUCCAGCACGUUGUGCAACAUUACCAACUGAUUUACAAGGUGAUACAUUUCAAUGUGUUUAUGGUACAAAUCAAUUAGCACUUGAAUAUGUAUUAAUUGAUAAAAAACUUAAAGGACCAUGUUGGUUAAAUAUUAAAAAUUGUGCACCCGUUAAAAAUCGACGAAGUUGGUGUAAACUUGAAUAUGAUGUUGAUUAUUAUAAUGCACUUGAUCGUCAAUCAACAAAUAUUGAAAUUAGUACAGUAACUUCACCACCACCACCCUUAGUAGCUGUUACUUUAUCAUUAGUUACAUUACCCAACACUAAAACUCAUGAAACUGAAGUUAUUUGUGUUGCGGGACUUGUUCAUCAACAAUUUCCACUUGAUAGUGCAGCACCAAAACGUCCCUAUCAAAAUUAUUUUGUUGCAUUAACUAAACCAAGUGAUUGUAUUCUUCCAUCUAAUCUUAUUAAAGCUGCUGAAUCUCAAAAAAUUAAUAUUGAAACUGUACCCGGUGAACGUGCUUUACUUAUGUAUUUAAUAUCAAAAUUUCAAAAAUUAGAUCCUGAUGUUAUAAUUGGUCAUGAUAUGCGUAUGUUUGGUUUGGAAUUAUUUUUAUCACGUUGUCAAAAACUAAAAGUUGGUCUAACAGCAUCAAAAAUUGGUCGUCUUCAUCGAACACACGAUGCAAAGACAAAAGUUUCAACAAUUAAAAAUCCUACAUGUGGUCGUCUUUUAUGUGAUAUAUCAGCAUCUGCACGAGAAUUAUUAACAAAAUGUAAAUCAUAUGAUCUGGAAGAAUUAUGUAAAACAGUUUUAAACAAUGAACAACAACAACUCUAUAGAUCUUAUUCAAUUGAUCAAACAAGAGAUUCAUUUAGUUCAUCCAUGUCAGUUGUUGAUCUUGUACAAGCAACAUUAAAUAAUACAUCAUUAAUAUUAAAUAUCUUUUGUCAAUUAAUGGUCUUACCACUUGCUUAUCAAUUAACAUGUAUUGCUGGAAAUUUAUUAAGUCGAACAUUAAUGGGUGGACGAUCAGAAAGAAAUGAUCAUUUAUUAUUGCAUGCAUUUACUGAACGAGAUUAUAUUGUACCAGAACGAACAUUUAUUUCAAAUCAUCGAACUGCAAUUAAACAUACACAAGAUAUUCAUCAUGAAUCGGAUGAAGAAGUUGAUGAUGAUAAUAAGAAAACAACAAAAACAUCAGCAACAUCUUAUACGGGAGGUCUUGUUUUAGCUCCGAAAAAAGGUUUCUAUGAUCAUUUUAUACUCCUGUUGGAUUUCAACAGUUUAUAUCCAUCAAUUAUUCAAGAAUUUAAUGUUUGCUUUACAACAUAUAUGAAAAAACCAAAUCAACCACGUUCAAAUAAUAAUAACACUGAACAAGAUCAGAAUGAAAUUGAUGAUAUUGUUAUUCUUGAUGAAACAACAAAAGGUAUUUUACCAUUAGAAAUUUAUAAACUUGUUGAACGACGUCGUGAAGUGAAAAAAUUAAUCAAAGAAAAAAAGAAUUUAUCUGAUGAACAACUUGUUCAAUAUGAUAUUCGUCAGAAAGCAUAUAAAUUAACAGCGAAUAGUUUAUAUGGUUGUUUGGGUUUUAAACAUUCAAGAUUUUAUUGUAAACAACUUGCUGCUUUUAUUACAUGUAAAGGUCGAGAAAUUCUUAUGCAAGCAAAAAAUAUUGUUGAACGAAUGAAUUAUGAUGUUGUUUAUGGUGAUACUGAUAGUAUUAUGAUUAAUACGAAUUCAAUUGAUUAUGAUCAAGUUAUGGCUAUUGGAGCCAAAAUUCGAAAUGAAAUUAAUCGUCAAUAUAAAAGUAUUGAAAUUGGUAUUGAUGGUGUAUUUAAAUGCAUGUUAUUACUUAAAAAGAAGAAAUAUGCAGCAUUAAUUGUUGAAAAAACACCAACACAAGAGUUUAGCUAUAAAACUGAAUUGAAAGGUUUGGAUAUUGUUCGACGUGAUUGGUGUCAAUUAGCUCGAUCAACUGGAGGGUUUGUUGUAUCUGUUAUCCUUUCUGGUCAAUCACGAGAUGAUGUUCUUGAUACAAUUCAUAAUCGAUUACGAGAUUUAGGUGAUGAAAUGCGUGCUGGAAAAAUUGAUAUUGCUGAAUAUGAAAUAAAUCGACAACUUUCGAAAGAUCCAAGUGAUUAUUCUGAUUCAAAAAGUUUACCACAUGUUCAAAUAGCUAUACGUUUCAAUACAAAUUCUACUGGAAGAAAAAUGAAACGUGGUGACACUAUUGCAUAUAUUGUUUGCGAAGAUGGUACACAAAAUUCUGCUAUGCAACGUGGUUAUUUACGUGAAGAAAUUUUAUCUUCAUCAUUAUCAUCAACAUUAACUAUUGAUAUAAAUUAUUAUUUACAUCAACAGAUUUUACCUGUUAUAUCACGUUUAUUAGAACCAUUUGAUGGUACUGAUCAAGCAUAUCUUGCUCAAUGUCUUGGUUUAGAUUCAUCGAAAUAUAAAAAUCGUCAACAAAAACAUACGACAAUAAAAGAUGAUGAAAAUAAUUUAGAGAAUAAUAUUGAUGAUGGUUUAGAUGAUGAAUUACUUUUUGGUGAAGGUUCAGAAGCAUUUAAACAAUGUGAUCCAUUUGUAUUUCCUUGUGUUAAAUGUGAAACAUUGAAUUUUUGGAAUACACCAUUUAUUUUUAAUGAGGAUAAAACAUGUAUAUCACCAUUUCUACGUUGUACAAACGUCAACUGUUCCAAUCAACCAAUUGAUCAAAUAUCUUAUUUACGCAAUCGUCUUACCUUAAUGAUUAAUAAAGCAAUUCGACGUUAUUAUCAAAAUUGGCUUCGUUGUGAAGAUGAUACAUGUUGUGCAUUUCGAACACGUCAAACACCAUUAGAAGUAUUAUAUAAAAAACAUACAUGUAUAUCAUGUAAUAAAAGUGAACUUAUAAAUGAAUAUGAUGAUCGACAAUUAAAUUUACAACUUCGAUUUCUUAAGCAAUUGUUUAAUCUUGAUGCUUAUAGACAAUCAUUAAAUCGUACGAAAUCAGAACAAAUUGAUACUUAUUUUAAAAGUUUAUCUACUGAUACAACACGUUCAAUUUAUAAAACAAUGAAUGAAUUACAAGUACAUAUUGAUCGCAUUGUACAAAAAAGUGGUUAUGCAGAAGUAUGCAUUAGCGAUCUAUUUGCUCAAUUUUACUUUAAUAGUUAA